AUGAAUAUUCACCGCGGCACUGAGAACGACAGGUUAUUGCGGCAGGAGGCCAGCUGCCUGAUGGAUGAAGCUUCAGCUGCAGCUCAAGAAAAAGAAGCAAAUAGUCCAGCUUCCUCUGGUCUUCAAAAUCUUACUUAUCCUCUAGGUCCCAGGAAUGAUGACCUUCCACUUGACUCUGCCUCUCAGCCAGCAAAUCUUCCGUUCCCUCACAUGAUGUCACUUCCCGAAGAUGUCAAAGGCUCUUGCUUCCAAAGUGGGAAUAAACGGAAUCAUGAACCCUUCAUUGCUCCAGAGCGAUUUGGAAAUAGCGCUGUGGGCUUUGGCUGUAACGUUCACUCUCAGGCGCCAGAGAAAGUGACACUUCUUGUAGACGGCACACGUUUUGUUGUCAACCCACAAAUUUUCACUGCUCAUCCGGAUACCAUGUUGGGCAGGAUGUUUGGACCAGGAAGAGAGUACAACUUCACACGUCCCAACGAGAAGGGCGAGUAUGAGAUUGCAGAAGGAAUCAGUGCAACUGUAUUCAGGACGGUGCUGGAUUAUUACAAAACUGGUAUCAUCAAUUGUCCUGAUGGCAUCUCUAUACCAGACCUUAGAGAUACGUGUGAUUAUCUCUGCAUUAACUUUGACUUCAACACUAUCCGAUGUCAAGAUCUGAGUGCUUUACUGCAUGAACUGUCUAAUGAUGGUGCUCACAAGCAGUUUGAUCACUACCUCGAAGAGCUGAUCCUGCCCAUCAUGGUGGGCUGUGCCAAGAAAGGGGAGAGAGAAUGCCACAUUGUCGUGCUGACGGAUGAGGAUUCUGUGGACUGGGACGAAGAUCACCCCCCACCCAUGGGAGAGGAAUAUUCUCAAAUUCUUUAUAGCUCUAAGCUCUACAGAUUUUUCAAAUACAUUGAGAAUCGGGAUGUUGCUAAAACAGUGUUAAAGGAACGGGGCCUGAAAAACAUUCGCAUUGGAAUUGAAGGUUAUCCUACCUGUAAAGAAAAAAUUAAGAGGAGACCUGGCGGCCGGUCUGAAGUAAUCUAUAAUUAUGUGCAGCGCCCCUUUAUCCAGAUGUCAUGGGAAAAAGAAGAAGGAAAGAGUCGCCAUGUGGAUUUCCAGUGUGUUAGAAGCAAAUCCCUCACAAAUCUAGUAGCUGCUGGAGAAGAUGUCUUGGAGGACCAAGAAAUCUUAAUGCACCAUCCACCCCAAGUGGAUGAACUUGACCGGCUGAAUGCCCCACUUUCUCAGAUGGCUUCUAAUGACUUUCAGGAUUAG